ACUUUAGUGUCAAAUUUGGCGCCAAAGUGUGUUUGGAACAGUUUGGAAAUAAUUAUUUAGUUUAGUUUCUUGGCGUUUAAUAUCAGUAAUUCAUUAAUUAAAUAGUUUCUUUUAUAAAAACAAAAAACACAAAGUGCUGAAAAAUGUCUAGAAGGCCUGAAGAUGAAUCUCCUGCUCCAACUCCUCGUUCUAAUAUGUCCUCACCAGCCCAAGAUAUGGAACAAUUUGAAGAUGAGGGUUUAUUAGGGGAUAUGGAUGCCGAAAUUGAAGAAGAAGAUGGAGAGGAACUAUUUGGAGACAAUAUGGAAAAUGAUUAUCGUCCAAUGCCUCAUUUGGACCAGUAUGAUGAUCGUAUUUUAGAUGAGGAAGAUUACGAUAACAUGUCAGUAUCAGAGAGAUUAGCGGCAGAAUCAGAACUGAGACAACGGGAUCGAGAGAUGGGUAUUUUGAGAAGAGACGACCGUGAAUUAUUUUAUGAUAGAGAAGAUGAUGAGGAUCCUAAACGUCAAAGAAGGAUGGCUGAAAAAGCAGCUACAGGAGAACUAGAAGAUGAGGAAAUGAUAGAAUCAAUAGAAAACUUGGAAGAUACAAAAGGAUAUUCUGUGAAAGACUGGGUUGUAAUGAUGGGACCUAGAACUGAAAUUGCUAAUAGAUUUAAGAAUUUUCUGAGAACAUAUGUUACUAGUAAGGGACAAUAUAUUUACAAGGAAAAAAUCAGAAGAAUGUGUGAAAAUAAUCAGUCAAGUAUAGUAGUAGAAUUUCCACAUUUAGCUAAUAAAGAACAUGUAUUAGCUUAUUUCUUACCAGAAGCACCAUUCCAAAUGUUGGAAAUAUUUGAUGAAGUAGCAAAAGACAUUGUUCUAUCAAUGUAUCCUAGUUAUGAUCGUGUAACAAAUGAAAUUCAUGUUAGAAUAGCAGAUUUGCCCCUUAUUGAAGAACUAAGAACAUUCAGGAAGUUACAUGUAAAUCAACUGGUUAGAACUCUUGUGGUUGUAACAGCAACUACAGGAGUCUUACCUCAAUUAUCAGUGGUGAAGUUUGAUUGUAACAAGUGUGGAUUCAUUCUGGGGCCUUUUACACAAACUCAGGAUCAUGAGGUGCAGCCUGGAUCUUGUCCUGAAUGUCAAAGCAGUGGUCCCUUUACUAUAAAUAUGGAACAAACCAUCUACAGGAACUACCAAAAAAUCACCCUCCAAGAGUCUCCAGGCCGGAUUCCUGCAGGCAGAGUCCCCAGGUCCAAAGACUGCAUCUUGCUGGCCGACCUUUGCGACCGUUGCAAGCCCGGAGACGAGGUGGACGUCACGGGAAUUUACACCAACACGUACGAAGGAUCCCUGAACGUGGACUACGGCUUUCCCGUUUUUUCCACCGUCAUUUUCGCCAAUCACUUAGUAGUGAAGGACUGCAAACAGAUCGUGCAGUCGCUGACCGACGACGAUAUCAGCGCUAUCAUUAAGAUGAGUAAAGAUCAUCGGAUAGCGGACCGUAUUAUAGCGUCGAUAGCUCCAUCUAUCUAUGGGCACGAUUACAUAAAGAGAGCGCUGGCGUUGACUUUAUUCGGAGGCGAAUCUAAAAAUCCAGGUCAGAAACACAAAGUCCGUGGCGACAUCAACGUGCUGAUCUGCGGCGACCCAGGUACUGCCAAGUCUCAGUUUUUGAAAUUCGUCGAAAAAAUAGCGCCCAGGGCCGUAUUCACCACUGGUCAAGGAGCCAGUGCUGUGGGUCUCACGGCUUACGUAAGGCGAAACCCUGCCACCAGAGAAUGGACCUUGGAAGCAGGAGCCUUGGUUUUGGCCGACCAAGGUGUUUGUCUCAUCGACGAGUUCGACAAGAUGAACGAUCAAGACAGAACGUCUAUUCACGAAGCCAUGGAACAACAGUCCAUAUCCAUCUCAAAGGCCGGAAUUGUCACCAGCUUGCAAGCCAGAUGUUCAGUUAUAGCCGCCGCCAAUCCCAUUGGUGGACGGUACGAUGCCAGUAUGACGUUUACGGAAAACGUCAACUUGUCCGACCCCAUUCUGUCACGUUUUGACAUAUUGUGCGUGGUGAGGGACGAGACUGAUCCUAUUCAAGACCAGCAUCUAGCCAAAUUUGUUGUGAAUUCUCACAUUUCCAAUCAUCCCACCAAUAAGAACAAAGAACAAGUUGAGGUAGAAAAUGAGCUACAGAUUCCUCAAGAUAUACUGAAGAAAUACCUGGUGUACGCCAGGGAAAAUAUACAUCCUAAAUUACAAAACAUGGAUCAGGAUAAAGUGGCUAACAUCUACAGUCAACUGAGACAAGAAUCUCUGGCUACAGGCAGUCUUCCCAUUACUGUUCGUCACAUCGAAAGUAUAAUUCGUAUGAGCGAAGCCCACGCUAAGAUGCAUUUGAGAGAGUACGUCCAAGAAGACGACGUCAACAUGGCUGUGCGAAUGAUGCUGGAAAGUUUCGUGGAGACCCAGAAAUACAGCGUCAUGAAAUCGAUGAGACAAGUAUUCCAGAAAUAUUUAGCUUUCAAAAAGGACCACAGCGAAUUAUUGUUCUACAUAUUAAGACAGCUUGUUCAAGAUCAGUUCACCUUCCAAAGAGCCACAAAUGAAAUGGAAACGCUUACGAUAGAAAUAGAUGAGAAAGAUCUGAUUGAUAAGGCCAAACAAAUAGAUAUACGCGAUCUCACAUCAUUCUAUAAAAGUAAAAUAUUUGAAAAUAAUCAUUUUAGUUACGAUUCAAAAAGAAAAGUUAUCAUUCAUACGGUACCUGAGACAAUAUCAGAAGAUUGAGUUGCCACUAAACAAAAACACAUUUUUUUAAAUUUAAUAUAAGUGCCUUUUUAUAGGAAGUAUCGCAUCACAGAUGUUAAUUGUUAAUUGUAUUGUCUGUUGUAUAUUUUUGUAUCUCCAUUGGUAGUAUUCUCUGGUUCCAUAGACUCUUAAUAGAAUUAUUUAUUUUGUUGCCGUUUUAAAAUACAUAUAUACCAGUUUAUAACCGCAUUUGGGAUAUUGGUGGCGGUAAAGAUUAUUUAAAAUACUAUAUUUUUUCAAUCGUGAAAUUAAAAAUUAAAUUUAGUAUAUGAACUUUAUACAAGGUGCCCGGUGGCGUAGAGGUACAGGCUCUCGUCUACCAAUCUGAAGGUAGUGGGUUCGAAUCUCACACCCGGCAUUUCAUCAGCCGACUAUUUUUAUUAAAAUAAAAAUAGUUUGGGUACCUAGGUCGACUCAGCCUUAAAUGAGUACUUAGGAUUCACAAUCCUGAGGUAAUAAUAGGCGGUUGAAGCGUAGUGCUAGCCACAUUACCUUCCUUGUAUACCGAACGGCUCUAGUAUGGCAAGCUGUACCUUGCUACUCCCAAGGCGUUAAACGCUAUAUACGGGAGCUAUUAUUAUUAUUAUUAACUUUAUACACAGGUAUCAUAUAAACUAGACUAAACUAAGAUUUUAAAUUAAUUUUUGGUUUAUAUAGAAAAGAAGGUACGCCAGUGGAGCUAUUUUUUUGUUGUGAGUCGAGUCGAUUUUUAUGUAUUUUUCAGUGGGUAAGCCAGUACCUAGUUUUAAUUUAAGUGAAUAAAUAAGUAAUUUUUUAUAG